GCAGUCCAAGCUGCUCUCUCUCAGCACCGUGGAGCCCACUCCACCUUCACCUGGCAGAGACCUGAGAAUGGAGGCAGAGGGUUCCCACAACCUGCCCAAUAACCUGGGUGUGUUGCUACGGCUUUCCCAGACAGUCUCACUGCACAAGCCUGUGGAAUUUAAUAGUAAACUCUGCCAGCUGGAGUAGGGUAUUUAAGGAACCAGCUAUGAAAAGGAAAGAAGAUAACACCGAGGAUUUACAGCACUAAGGAAAAACCAUGAACACAACAAAUGAUGACUUAGCCAACCCCACCACUUGGAAAGACACUUAUGAUGAUUCUUCAGACUGCAGUGAUAUGGAAAUUGGUCUGAAGACUUUGUACCUCCCCAUUAUGUAUGCCAUCAUCUUCCUGGUGGGAUUUCCGGGAAACAUCAUUGCGAUUUGCAUUAGCAGCUUCAAGAUGAGGCCUUGGAAGAGCAGCACCAUAAUCAUGCUGAACCUGGCACUCACAGAUCUGCUCUACCUUACCAGCCUUCCCUUCCUGAUACACUACUAUGCCAAUGGGGAGCACUGGAUCUUUGGUGAAUUCAUGUGCAAGUUCAUCCGCUUCGGCUUCCACUUCAACCUGUACAGCAGCAUCCUCUUCCUCACCUGCUUCAGUGCCUUCCGUUACGUGGUAAUUGUCCACCCCAUGAGGUUCCUCCACAUCCAGAGGAAGCGGUGGACAGUGGUGUCUUGCGUAACUGUUUGGGUGAUCUCACUGGUGUCUGUCACCCCCAUCAACUUCUUGAUCUCCUCAAAAGAGACAGAAAACAGAUCCUUAUGCCUCGAUCUUACCAGCUCUGAAAACCUGGCCACAAUCAGGUGGUAUAACUGGCUGCUGACUAGCCUGGCCUUCUUCGUGCCUUUGCUGACAGUGACUGUGUGUUACACGCUCAUUAUUCGUACUUUGGCUACCGGGUUCCACACACAGACUUGCUACAAACAAAAGGCUCGCAGUCUUGCCAUCGUCCUCUUGGUGGUCUUCUAUGUGUGCUUCCUCCCCUUCCAUGUUUUUCGGGUGGCUCGGAUUGAGCUGCGGUUGUGUUCGGUCAGCUGUCACGUGGAGAAGCAAAUCCACUCUGCUUAUAUCAUCUCUAGGCCACUGACUGCACUCAACACAUGUAGCAACCUGUUACUUUAUGUCGUCAUUGGAGGUAACUUCCAGCAGGCCAUGCUCUCUCUUUCAAGGCCUAAGUAGAGCAAAAACACCCAGCAGCCCUGGAGCAACAAUUGCAUGACCAAGUCAGAAAUUGCAUUAAAGUUAUGAAGGAAUCCCUUGAAGAAAAUCCCAGCAAACCCACAACGGCUUUAGUUCUGUAAGCUCCUACAAAGACGUGAUGAUAUGGUAGUAAGACCUGCAGCUGACUUUGCCAUCUCACUGCUGUAGAUCACUUGUCAAAAAAGCUGUCUUGGGAGCGGGUUUAUAUAUACCUCUCUUAGCAACCGAAGAGAGAGGAGUGAAAAGGAAAGAUUGUAAGCCACCUCCAGAGUGAAAUUUAAAACCACCCAACCAGACAGUUUCAAAAGACAUUUGGGAACUGCAGAGUUCUCUCAUUCCAGGCUUUGUGGCUGAUUACAGAAGCAUGGAGAGCUUAGUCUGGGCAUGCAAACAGCAUCCAUCGAUUUCAGUGUUGUCACUGAUGUAGUGCUUUGUUUAUUACGGCCCAAGCGAAAUGCAGAGUAUACUGUCACGG